AAUAUGUUGAAGGAGCCAAACAUUGAGCUUCGUAAACAUUAACGGCUGAGGGUGAGAUAAUUUCACAUCACAAUUGCAUUGUUUUCCUCAAUGUAAAACUUUAAAGGCAGCGACUCAAACGUCAUCAUACAAACUUUGACCAUGUUUAUGUUCUUUGCUUCUAACAGGGAUAGGUUUUUGUUUAUGGGCGGGUGGAAAUUAACGUUUUAGAAUGAUGCCUUUUGCGUUUACUUUAGGCGACAUAUUGUUACACUAAUCAACCGCCAUUUAAUGCCGUUUAAGUGCCUGCGUGAGCAGUGUUACCUUCAACAAGUAACAGCGAUACUCCAUAUCGAUAACGUGGCGCCAUGAACCCACCAAAUCCAUUCGGCAAUCCGCAAAUCGGAGCUUUCCACACUCCAAGUAAUGCUGUUAAAACUGGUCCGUUCCCAUCUUUUGGGCAACAAAGUUCCAGCAAUCAGCCCCAAAAUGUAGGUUUUUUUCAGUCAGGAACGUUUGGCCAGUCAUCUGCCUUAAACCAGCCCUCAUCUCACGGAAGCAGUAUGUUCGGACAGACGGCUGCCCUUGGACAACCCACUGCUCAGUCCUCCACCCUGCAGCCUACAUUGAGUCAGCCUCCAGCUUUUGAACACUCCUCAUUAGGACUGAGUAACCCAGGGUUUGGUGGUAAUGCCACACCAGCUUUUGGACAGACGGGAAGAUUGAACCAGACUUUAGUCUUUGGGCAAUCCUCUGCUUUUAGUCAGGCUCCAGGAUUUGGCCAGCAGGCCCCAGGAUUUGGCAAACAGCCACCAGGGUUUGGUCAGUCCUCUGGGCUUGGAAACACCCUCAUGUCCUCAGGUUCCAGCUCUGCUUUGGGACAAACUCAGCCACUGAGUUUUGGUCAGUCCUUUGGACAGCACUCAUCUACAACUGUCACCACUGGUACAUUUGGUGCAGCUCAAAAUAUUACCCAGAGUAAAGGUUUUGGAUCAUCUGAAUUCAGUUUCAAGCCAGCAAAUGAAGCACUGUUUAAACCCAUCUUCAGUGCCAGCCCAGAGUCUGCUAACCGGCAAACAACCUCAAUGUCCAGCUCCCCUUUUGGUAGCACUGCAUCUCAGGCUAGCUCUGGCAGUCUGGCCACCACGGGCACCUCCACCACUGGCUUCUCUCUGUUGUCUGGAGCUAAAUCCAACCUGGUGGGCUUCAGCUUCUCCCAGCCUGCUGCAGCCCCUUCAGUUUCUGCACAAAACAACCCACUAUCAACUGGCAGUAGCAGCACUUCCUCCAGUUCUCCGAUGUUCACUUUUUCCCAGCCGGCAGCUGCACCCUCCAGCUCCAGUAAUAAUGUAACCACCACCCAGCUCACCAGCCCUUCAUCUUUCAACUUCUCUGCUAAAACUCUUCAACCCCAGGCUAACCCUUUUUUUGGAGGAUCUGGGUUUGGCCGGCCUUCUCCAUUUGGAGACACCAAAUCUAAAGUAGACAUGACAACAGAUGAGAAAGCAAGUAGCCCUGAUGACACAGGCACCACUGAUAUAUCUGUAAAUUUUAGUAAAAGCACAAAACGUAAGGGGUUUACACCAGCCCCUGUUCCUGGCCAAGAAGAACCUGCCACUGAGGGAGAUGAUCAGGAAGAAGCAGACAGAGAUGCACCAAGACAACCACCAAAGAGACCCCUGAUGAGGUCCCGUGGCCCACCAGGAGGCUUAUUUAGUAGGGCACUCAGCAGUUUGCGUAAAGAUGUGACUAAUCCGGUGAGGGGCGAUGGUCAGAGGGAGACUCAACAGCAGGCGUCAGAGUGGGAGGAGACAAAAGAUGUCAAAGGAGAGGAGAAUGUCCAAGCUCAAGAGGCGCAAUUGACUGGAGCAACAGGCACAGUGCAAACCACUGCUGGGGAUAUUCUGGAAAGCACUGAAGAGUCAGAUGCAGCCAAAACCUCAGACCUAAAGAGGAAACCUAGAUCUCCUGCGAGACGUGCUGUACGCAGAGAGAGCACUGAGAGCCUCGGUGGCAUUUCCCCAGGUGACUGUACCACCCUCUACUGCAAGAAUGUUCCUGUUCCACUCAACAAGAGGGACACGCUUCUGAAGCACUUUGCUAAGUUUGGCAAAGUCAGCAAGAUCUACUGCAAGCCUGCCAAGAAGUUGGCCAUAGUACACUUUGAGGACAAUGCAUCAGCAGCAAAGGCAAAGAAGAAUGGCAAAAUGCUGCACAAACAUGAACUCCUCCUCUUUUGGCAGAGAAAGAAGCAAAGUCCAGGAGACAAAACCAACAGACCCUCACUACGACAGGAGGCUGCAGAGGAACAACGACAAGAGGACACAGAAACCAAAGUUGUUUCAUCACCGCUCAAAAGGCCCCCUCUUCGAGCUGAAGCAGUCACCAGCACAGUGCCAUUCAGUCACAGCUCUCCAGUGAAGAAGCUGCCCGUAGCCAAAUCACUUCAUUUUGACAGUGAACCUCAGAAAGAGAACAGCACUGACAACCAGAGCUCUGAGAGACUGGUCUCCUUUUCCUUCCUUAACCUCAUUGGCCAGGUGGCUGAGACUGCUGAGGACAAGUACCGCCUUCUGGAGCAGAGAGAUAAGAUACUUCGUCAAGGUCGACCCAAGAGGUCAGAUCUGAACCUGUCCAAGGUGUUUGUGGGGACGUGUCCUGACAUGUGUCCAGAGAAGGAGAGAUACAUGAGGGAAACAAGGAACCAGCUUAGUGUAUUUGAGGUCAUCCCAAACACUGAAAUGGUGGAUCACGCUGCUGCAAUCAAGGAGUAUAGCCGCUCAUCAGCUGACCAGGAGGAGCCCCUACCCCACGAUUUGCGGCCACUGCCUGUGCUCAGCAUGACCAUGGACUAUCUGGUGACUCAGAUCAUGGACCAAGGCCAUGACAACUUCAGGGAUUGGUAUGACUUUGUCUGGAACAGGACCCGUGGCAUCCGUAAGGAUAUCACACAGCAGCACCUGUGUUGCCCUAAUACAGUGAUGCUUAUUGAGAAGUGCACACGCUUCCAUGUUCAUUGUGCGCAUCACCUCUGCGAGGAACACAUGUCAUCUUUUGAUGCUAAGAUUAACAAUGAGAACAUGACAAAGUGCUUGCAGAGUCUGAAGGAAAUGUACCAGGACCUUGCUACACGUCAUGUAUACUGCCCCCGGGAGGCUGAGUUCCGUCAGUACAGUGUGCUGCUGAAGCUCAACGAUGGGGACAUCCUACGUGAGGUGCAGCAGUUCCGUGAUGAGGUGCGUAACUCCCCUGAGGUGACUUUUGCUGUCCAAGCAUUUGCUGCAGUCAACAGCAACAACUUUGUGCGCUUCUUCAAAUUGGUGAAAGCAGCCUCAUACCUCGCCAGCUGUCUUCUACACAGAUACUUCAAUCAGGUCAGAACUAAGGCUUUAAAGACCUUGAACAUGGCCCAUACUGUGGGUCCACGGUCUACUUUGUUUCCAGUCGAUGACAUUGUUCGGAUGUUAAUGUUCCGUUGUGCUGCAGAGGCAGCUGAUUUCAUCCAACAGUAUGGACUGAAUGUUAGUGAUGGUAUGGUAGAGCUCAACCGGACAGCCUAUCAGGAGCCUGACCUGCCUCUAUCCCUAAAGAAGUCUGAGGUCAUUCUUGCCAAGAAAACAGUGUUGAUUGGAGAGGUGGUGAAUGGAGGCUCCCUUCCUAAUCCUCCGCAGCAUCAGCCAGUCCGCAGCUUUGAUUCUCAGAACAAGUACUGUGGAGAAACCUCUCUGACUGAAAUCCCUCAGAGUCAGUUUAAAGCUGUUAGUGCUAAGGUAGAGGCCAAGGUUCCACCCUCUGCUGAUAUCCUGACCACAGCUCAGGACAUUCCGGCAGUGUUCACACUGCCUCCGGCUGUCCUGGGACCUACACCGGCAGCUCCAGACCAGACCAGGGAACCCAGUGAAAUGCCCCUGAGUUCAAGUCAGCCAGAAGAAGGUCCACAGCUUUUCCUGCCAGUUUCCCAGCCUCAGCCUGUUAGAACACCUCCACCUAAACCUAAGGUGGAAUACAGCAAUGAGGACAUUCUGGCUGAGCUAAAUGGUGUGAUAGAAGAAGUUGUGGAAGAGGCAGUGUGGGAGGUGGCUGAAGGUGGAGCCAGCUACACCACUGUUGCUCUUUUGGAAAGCAGUGCAGAGGUAGAAUCCCUGCUGAGUGAGGUUUUAGGACAGAUGCUGCAGGAGAUUUCCUCUACUGAGAUCCAGUUGGAAGAAGAGCGUGUCGCUGAAGAGAAGCGGAAGCUUGAAGAAGCCAGGAGGAGGCAGGAGCAUGAGGCCUUUUUGACUCAGUUCAGCUUCUCUCUCUGCUCUGAGAUCAUCCACCAAGUGUUAGACGAAACCAUCCAUGAGACUGCAGCUUCUGAAAUUCAGCAAGCAGUGAAUGAGAAGGCAGAACAUGUGGCUAAAUGCACAGAGCAGGUGUGCACCAGUCUGGUUGAGGAGACUUUGGAUGCAGAUAUUGCGGUAUUGGUUGAAGAAAUCCUUGAUGUGGAAUUACAACGUAUCCUCAAAUACAUCAAAAGAUGGCGUGAUGUAGUAGCAGUGCGUCGGCAGCUCAAGAGACAGAUGAGAGCUUUCCCUGCAGCUCCCUGCUGUGUGGACCCACGCUUUAAACUGAAGGCUUUGGCUCCAAGUGCCCCUGAGCAUCCCUCCUUAGCAGAGCUUGCCCAUGGACGGGUGAACCUGGGAAAUGCCGGCACUCUGGCCGUGUCCAGCACCAGAUUGUUGAAAAUGAGACAAGAGGCAGUCCACAAGAUGAGAGUCCACUACUACUAUCAGAAACUGCUAGAUGAGACAGUGUGGACACCACUUGACCUGCCAACACUGGUGAUGAAAAACACCCCUGAUCCACCUGAGAGAAUCUUCUGGAAAGCCCUUCUCCUUUUACCCAGUGAUCACGACAGCAGAGACAACCUGACGGACAGGAUCUUGUCAGACUGGCUAGAGACAAAGCUUGCUGGAGGGCAGGGGUCAGACGUGGAUGAGAGAACACCUGAUGGCACCCUGCAGACCCUCUAUGUCACCAACUCUGUCCAGGAUGAUGGAGAAAGCAUUCACAAAGUCCACAUCAGUGUGAAGGCAUCACGAGGGCCCUUGAAUGAAGACAGCCUGUCCAAAAUGGAGGACUGCGGUGAUCUCCAAGGAACAGGAGCCCUGAUCUUGUUGCUCCCUACCCUGUCUGUUCUCACCCAGGGUGAGCAGGACUUGCCUCUGUUGUCAGCCCUGCUUCAGCUCAAACAGCUCCAACAAGCCAGCUCUUGGUGUUCCCCAGUGCCACUCGUCAUUCUGGUGCCAGGGCAAAACAGUGAUACAGAGGAUACACAAAAACUUGAUGAAGUUCUGAUGCUGCACACACUGGUCAAGGAAGGGCUAAUAUCACAGUACACAUUUCUCUUCAUCCCAGAGACAACCAGUGACCUGCAGGCCUCCAAACAGCUGAACCAGGCUCUGUGCUGGCUGCUGGCCCGUGCCCCACCACACUUCCCCCUCUCCUGUCAAACCCUGGUGCAGCUUAUAGAGACCAGCUUGAGUACUGAGUUCACUUGUAGACUUUACUCCCACCGCCAGGAGCGGGCGGCUGCAGGUCUUCCUCCCCAGCACCCGGCCCCUGUCAUCCAGCUCUUCAAUGCUGUGCUGUCGUACGUUGCUGACACAGUUUCAUCCCAGGAGCUGUCCAGACUGUCAUGGCCUCCGUAUGAGUUCUGCUUGCCUCACACCCGUGACUUUGUCCCUCAUCUGGGCUGGAACUCUGUCCAGCAUCAUGCCUGGCUACGCAAAGCCAUCCUUAGCCUGCAGCUGCCACAGUGGGAAGAUUUCUGCCCUACAGGCUCAUGGUCUGAGCUUUGCUCCUCCAUCUUUCGCUUCGCCACUCAGAUCCAAGUUUCUCCCUGCAGUCAACCCCUCUUAAUGUCACAGCUGGAAAAUCUGCUGGAAAGGGCCAGGAAGAGGAGAACCACUGGAUCCAAGCUAACCUUGGGCAACUGGACUGACAGAGAUGAGAACAUGUCUCCGGCCUUCGAUCAGAUCCCCUGGGAUGAUAUACUAGUGAUCUGCAUUGACUACAAGCUAAAAGACUGGCAGAUUCCUGAACCACCUGUCUGUGAAGAUGCUGUGACAGAAGAUGGAGCGAUCCUGGUUUACUUUAACUCAAAGGCAUUGACAGGAUUCCAGCCACCUGAGGAAUGGACCCAGGCCGUCAGACAAACUCACAGGGAAAAGUAUCAGGAGAAUAAGGGGGUCAGUGCAGCUGCUUGUGCCUCACCCAGCAGUUUGUCCCUCAGACAGAGGCUGUUCCAGAGUCCUGAGGGGCCUGUCAAGGCUCCUGAAGCCUCUUUGGUUAUCAGUCACACUCCUACUGCACAAGAACUCCUGGCCCACAAUGUUCUACAGAGCUUACAGAAGGAAAAGGCUGAAAGCAAAAGGAUUAUGGAACAGUUUGAAUGUUGGAGGGACGGUGAUCCCUUGGACUACUUAUAUACACCUCUCUUUAUUCCAUCGUCCACUCUGCUGUCCACGCCCACAACCAUGCUGCGUCCACCCACAGCCAAGACAAAAGAUACAGUCCCAGAAGAGGAGCUCUCAGAAAGUGCAGAUUGGCCCCCGAGCCCGACUGAAUCGAUGGCGCAGCGAUUGAAAAACCUUCAGCGUCAGAUUACGGCGAGACAAGAAGAAGAACUGGCCUUCAGAUUACAGCUCAAUGGUCUACUGAACAUUGUCGAUGACUGAACAACCAUCAUCUAAUACAAGCUAUGCAUCCUCUUUUUGAUUCAGUUAUCUUUGUCCCAGAGGUUUGAACUCAUUAGAUUUAUUUUUAAGUACUAGGUUUGCAGUUACAAAUUGUGAAAAUCUGAUGCUUUAUCUUGAUCUGAUCUUGAAGACAACUUGUUUGCCUUGUUUGCCAUGUCAAAAUACUUUGCCCCCAGUAAGUGAUAGCAUUUAUGUUUUACAAAUACAAAUAACUUUUGUACUGCUGAGUUAUGAAAUUGUCCAACAACCAAAUAGAAAAUAAAGGUGUUAUUUUUCAGAA